CGAGUCAAUAACUGCUCUUGGGAUACAGUCAAUACUCUAUACGGGCACUCUACACUCACGAUCAGAACUCCAGUACACUCUUGGGCUCUCGAAGGCCUGGGGUUCACACUCAAGAGGAUUUCCAGCUAUGCCGACAUGUGCCAAACACCAAAGCUUCCCACUGGAGCAGGUUUUCACCUCUAGUCGACAAGAAGGACUAUUAUGAAACAGUAGAACAGGGAAACUUAGAACGAAGACCCAUCGGUAGAAGUGUUGUGUGCAGUCGAAGCGUAGUUGCUUCCGAAAGCGAACAUAUUCCUUGCCGCAAAAAAAACGAGUAAGGGCCUCAAGCGGCUGCAUUCAAGUCUCGAGAACUCGUCGUAGACAUCGCAUCACACAAUAUCGCAGCAAGAUUCACUGGCAGGGAGUGCGGCACGAACGCUGCGCACUGCCUCGUCCUCGGAGCCUCACACUUCCUCACCCAAAAAGUUGCGGAGCUCACGACGGUUGCAAGAGCGUCGAGAGAUCGGUGGCCGGCCUUCAAACAUACGAUCUGCGAGGCUGACGUCAAUAUCAUCCGCGAGUUCGGAAAGGGAACUUGUCCGCUAGCAAUGGACGGAGCAGGUGUCGAGAGGGCUAGGGAGGCCUUGAAUCUUGCCCACGCCAUGGCGUCGAUCAUCAAUUCCGGACUGGACAGGCAGACGCUGAGCAUUCUCAUCGGGUUGUGCGAGCACGGCGUGAAUCCGGAAGCGUUGGCCACCGUGGUGAAAGAGCUGCGCAGGGAAGCUGCCGCCAUCGAGUCAACCAGCAAGAGCAAAGACUGAUUGCGCUCUUUCCAGAGUGAGGAGCCUACGAAGCCGUAUGCACAUCUGACAGGGUCUACAAGGCUUCUUCUCAGUGUGUAGAUUGUAGAACUUCUGGAAGCGACCUACUUACUGUACUUAGGAAAGGAGCAGACAAAUUGGAAACACUUUUCAGGGUUCGUUGAAGAUGCAUUUUUAGAUCGGGGCCAUUUUCGAGCAGUGACAUGUAACCUAGGGUACAUUGAAGUUCUGGCAUGAUUUAUGAUAUUUGAACAACGAAAGCGGUGCACGGCGAACACUUACUUCGCUGCCCACACCUUCAAUCUUGUGUAUGAACAAGGCUUGCU